GCCACAUGCAAGUCCAGCACAACAUCAAUGAUGGAUCUGAAGCACUUAAUCAGUGAACUGUGUCUAAACCCAAGACAUACAGAAUGGAUUGCGCCGCUUCUCGUAUUAGGCGAUGCCUUUCUUUGUACUCUUAUUAUAUGGAAGAUUCCAUAUACUGAGAUCGACUGGACGACAUACAUGCAGCAAAUAGCGCUAUAUAUCUCUGGUGAACGUGACUAUACCUUGAUCAAAGGCUCCACUGGGCCCCUCGUAUACCCCGCCGGCCACGUAUAUAGCUAUACUGCACUCUAUCAUCUGACCGAUGAAGGCCGAGAUAUUCUUUUCGGACAAAUAUUGUUUGCUGUCCUCUACCUUGCUACACUAGCAGUCGUGUUGGCUUGCUACAGGCAAUCAGGUGCUCCUCCAUAUCUGCUACCUCUUCUUGUCCUCUCCAAACGGCUCCACAGUAUCUUUAUGUUACGCCUUUUCAAUGACGGGCUUGCGGCCUUUGCCAUGUGGACAGCGAUUCUGCUCUUCCAGAACAAGAAAUGGACGGACGGAGUUACUGUCUGGUCUCUUGGGGUUGGCAUUAAGAUGACGCUACUGCUUCUUGCGCCGGCAAUUGCGGUGGUAACUGUGCUCAGCCUUUCCCUCAUGCCAAGUAUUCGACUGGGAGCUCUAGCGGUGCUUAUCCAGGUAUUAUUAGCGACUCCCUUUCUACAGAGCAACCCUACAGGAUACGUCGCGCGAGCCUUUGAGCUGACUAGGCAGUUUUUGUUCAAGUGGACCGUCAAUUGGAGAUUUGUGGGGGAAGAGUUGUUUCUAUCUAAACAAUUCUCUGUAGUCCUGCUAGCUUUGCAUAUUUGUCUUCUGGGGGUAUUUGUUGCCACAGGCUGGUUACGGCCAUCGGGAUCGAACCUUCCUGCCUUCCUGCGGAACUUGCUCCAAGGACGCCAACGCACCGCCGUGCUUUCCAAGCCCUUCAUAAUGACCGUGAUGUUAACAUCCCUCGCGAUCGGAUUGUUAUGCGCAAGGUCUCUUCAUUAUCAAUUCUUCGCCUAUCUCUCCUGGGCUACGCCUUUCCUUCUCUGGCAGGCUGGGUUCCAUCCGAUCAUCAUAUAUGCGAUCUGGGCGUUGCAGGAGUGGGCUUGGAAUGUCUACCUAAGCACCAAUUUGAGUUCCGCGGUCGUUGUCGGUUCGCUUGCCGUUCAGGUUUUCGGUGUCCUUUUGAAUAACAGAAAGGCACUUGGCGACACGCGUGCGAAGGAACACGCUCAGUGAUAAAGCGUCCGCCCGACUGCAAAUAUAUUGUUGACUUCAUUGUUUCAUCAUUUAAACCAUUCGAGAGGCACACAAGAUAACACAUGCACGAGGUGCGACGAUUACUAUGAGUCGAGGGCUACGUCAUGCAUCGGAAUCGUCCGAUGGAGGCAUCUUGCCCAUAUUGGAUUCUUCUUCGUCUUCUGAAUCUGACGCAACAGCAGUAACCGGCUUCACAAAUUCCUUCGGCCAGAAUGGAGCCUUACGCCAGGCCUUCUCAUCCCGAACAAUAUUAACGAUCUCCCCGGCAAGCUUGUUGUCCCGGUCGUCGAGCGCAUUGGUAUCGACCACAACGUAGGAAUUCCGUUUCAUCCAGAUCCUGGAGCGGAAUCGGGACGGCAGUUCUACCAAUAUCGAGUCUUUGGAUGAUAGUUCGACGGCGUAGAUGUUGUUUCCGGUUGCCUUGAUAACUCGUGCGAUUUGCUGACCUUGUUGGAGCUCGUCUGGAGGGGUCAAGGUUUCUUCCGCGGUUGCGAGGACCUUGCGUCGUGGGGGUGCCAUUGUGAUAGAAUUGGAAUUGGUCUUUUUUCUUCAAGUUUCUUGGAAUUGAUGUUGUUGCGGUCUCUUAGACGGUGGCUUGUCUGUGUGUGAUACAACCGUUGAUCCGAUAAGGUGUGACGAGGGG